UAGUAAACGCUGACAUCCAUGUUUACGAUAGAACGCGGACAUCCGCGCUGCAGCGUGCAUACAUAAUAGAGUUCGGGAACGGACGUCAUACCGCGGUGGAUUAUGGGAUGCGCCCGCCAUGUUUGUGGCCUGGCAUUGUAAACAGCCGAAAAGCGUCGUCCGUGGAAUCUAUCGUUUACGUCCAAAAAAUGGACCGAAAGAGAGGCAAAUGCCCUAUAGACCUUUUCGCAGUGACGUCAGAGUCGGGGACACGUGACCAUACCUUCCUUAGCAACGCACGCCGCCAUUUUAAGAGGGGGCAACAAAGUCAUUAGCAACCAUGAUUUGACCGCCGAAACCACGCGGUUUUGACCCGGAGAAAAACGUCUGGUGAUUAUUUCGGAAAUCUUGAGCCAAAAGCCAAGCUACGGUAUAAAGAAAAAAUAGAACUGGUUGGUUUGCAGUCAUGUCCGUACCAAAUUCCUCUGGUUUCAUGGGAAAACGACCCUACUACGUGUCCAGAUCUUCAUUGGCACUCCAUUUACGAGUACCUUAUCAACAGCCCAGGCAUCCACACAAUAGAGAAGAUGAAGGCUUAUAAAAGCCUGGACUCAUACGUUUUCUUUGAGGUAAUUCUACAGCAGGCAGUCCGUCUGUGCACAGCAAUGACAGCAGCUCAUCCGGCAGGACGAUACGCACUGCUCGCAAGAGACCAUUGAGUGAGAGUGAGAAUCAAAAUGAAGAGAAACAAGCGGUACACUGCUGAACAAGCACUUGAGAUAAUUCUCAGUGAUAGUGGGACAAACGUCAUCUUUGAAGAUUCGUAAUCUGAAGACAACAUUGAGACACAGCCGGACAUUAGUCGUGACAGCGACUAUCAGUUACCACCGGAAAUAAGUGAUGAGGAAGAUGAGCCAAGGUCCUCAACGUCGACCCAACCCCCAUCUAGAAGGCUCUCUCGCCGUGCAUCAGCUCCCCCUCCCCCACAGCCAGAGCAAUUCUCACCUUGUGCACAACAAAAACCCAGGAAAGCUCCAGCCAAGCGUGGCAGAAGUGACCCUGCAGCCGCUGAAAGAGAAAGGUGGGAGGCGGGCUAAAAGGUUGUCUUUCAAAUCACUCUGCAGCAGUUGGGUAGGUAUACAACCAAUCAGCGCAACGAAUAGGCUGACGUAGUUCCGAGAGCACCGGCGGAUUGUGGCUAAGUCCCAUUAGCUUCCCAACCAGCGGAGCCAACUGGUAUAUUAAGGAUUUGCCAUAUCUCGUCGGCAUAAGUCCAAAUACGUCUUUCUUCUCAAUGAAACCCUUCAGUGCCGUCCUUUGUUUAUCUUUCAAGUUGAAUUUUAGCUUCAAAUCUUUAAGGGCUGUGGCCAAAGCCGAGUGGAAAGAUAACUGUUUAUUGUGCGCCGGUUGUUUCUGUCAGAAUCGUCGCGCCUCUGUCGUCACUUCGUUACGCUCGCCUUCUGACUCUACACUUCAUGGUGAUUCGUCCGGCCAGUUUUAGGAGAAUCCAGCCUCAAGCCUUAUGGAGGGUAACUAGACCCACCCUGGCAGAGAAUUAAAUUCGUUGCCGUGGGUUGUCUCGCGCGGUUAGGCUGGAAAGGUGGCACAAUAGAGGAAAAAGACAGAAAACUAGAUCCUCUCAAAUUUGCACCUGCCAGGGAACCUGGCCCCACAUUUGACAGAACAGCGGCAUGGACCCCUCUUUCACUUUUCCAGCUGUUUUUCAGUGCAUCAGUCAUAAGGACAGUUAUUGUCAACACAAAUGCUAAUGCUGCCAAAAGGAUUGAGGCAGGGCUCAAGUUUCAGUGGGCACCUGUAACUGUGAGAGACUUCUAUAUUUUUCUUUCAAUUAUUGUUUUCUCUGGCCUUGUCCAGGUACAUAACAGAGGGGAUUACUGGAGGAGAAAGUGGCCUUACAACUUUGCCUUCCCCCGGGAGAACAUGUCCCGGGACCGGUUUGAGGCCAUCCUGUGGUCAUUGCACCUCAGUAGUCGUGAGGAUGAUGAGGAGAAUGACUGUGCCUCACAGCAAAAAAAAAAAACUGCUUUGCACAGUGGCAUCAUGGCCAGUGAUUCAUCUUGCAUGAUGAUUCUGCAGGAGGAGAGCCCCUCCAAACGUAGAACUGGAGACUGGAAUGGGAUGGUAUCAGCUGAUCCUUCAGAUUCAGCUGAGAAUGAAACUAAGCCUGAAAGUGACAUAAUCCUCCCUUUAAAGUCUGAUUUAGAUGAAAGUGCAAACAGUGUUCCAGAGGACCAGUUUCUGCAUUUGUCAACCGUGACUCAGGCCAUCAGGCAGGAGGAGAGCCCCUCCAAAUAUAGAAUCGGAGACUGGAAUGGGAUGGUAUCAGUUGAUCCUUCAGAUUCAGCUGAGAAUGAAACUAAGCCUGAAAGUGAGAUAAUCCUCCCUUUAAAGUCUGAUUUAGAUGAAAGUGCAAACAAUGUUCCAGAGGACCAGUUUCUGCAUUUGUCAACCAUGACUCAGGCCAUCAGGCAGGAGGAGAGCCCCUCCAAACGUAGAACUGGAGACUGGAAUGGGAUGGUAUCAGCUGAUCCUUCAGAUUCAGCUGAGAAUGAAACUAAGCCUGAAAGUGACAUAAUCCUCCCUUUAAAGUCUGAUUUAGAUGAAAGUGCAGACAGUGUUUCAGAGGACCAGUUUCUGCAUUUGUCAACCGUGACUCAGGCCAUCAGGCAGGAGGAGAGCCCCUCCAAACGUAGAACUGGAGACUGGAAUGGGAUGGUAUCAGCUGAUCCUUCAGAUUCAGCUGAGAAUGAAACUAAGCCUGAAAGUGAGAUAAUCCUCCCUUUAAAGUCUGAUUUAGAUGAAAGUGCAAACAAUGUUCCAGAGGACCAGUUUCUGCAUUUGCCAACCGUGACUCAGGCCAUCAGACAAAGUGAUGAACCCAGAAAAGACAAGCUGGAGGAGGACGGUGAAGUGUCGCCUAUCGACUCAGAAGCAGAGGAAUUUCUUUUAGAGGGGAAAGACAUCACACUCGAUAUCCCAUCAUCACAGUCUGAUGAAGACUGGGAGCCAAGCACAGCAGGGGUCCACGGGCAAGAGGACAGUACCUCUGGAGAAGAGGAGACCAUUCCCCUAACUCCAGCCAAAAGUCCGAAGAGGUGUAGUGGUAGAGGAAGGGGAAGGGGAAGGGGGAGGGGAGAAAGAAGAAGAACAAGCCCAAGCCCCAUUGACCAAGCCAGCACAUCGGGGGAGAGGUGGAAUGAUGUGGAUGUUCCUGACAUAGAGCCACCACAGAUAAUCUUUUGUCCUAACCGCACCCCAGGACCCCAGCUCAUCAUGACAGAAAAUUACACACCUGUCAAACUUUUCCAGCUCUUUUUCAGUAACGAUGUUUUGCUUACCAUUGUGAAAAACACAAAUGAACAUGGCUCUGCGCAUUACUCCACGCCCUCAAAGCCAUGGACAAACAUUGACUUACAGGAUAUGUUUUCCUUCAUAUCAGUGUUGAUUUACAUGGGUGUGGUGAAGUGCUCAUCCUAUACAGAUUACUGGCGGGGGAGUAAUCUGUACAGUUUACAAUUUCCGAAAAGAGUCAUGGCAGGACGGAAGUUCCUGAGAAUGAUCUGGGCGCUCCAUCUCAACAGUGCGGCAAUGGAUGCUGAGAAUGAGGGGAGAAGAGGCACUGCAGCCUUUGAUCGUCUCGGAAAAAUAAAGCCCCUAUAUGAUGAAAUGAGGGAGGCCUGCAAGAGAAACUAUCAUCCAAACCAGGAGAUUGCCAUUGAUGAGAGGAUGGUUGCUUCAAAAGCGAGGAUUGGACUGAAACAGUACAUGAAGAGCAAGCCUGUGCGAUGGGGCUACAAACUUUUUGUCUUGGCAGACUCCAAGGCUGGAUAUACCUGGGACUUCUUUGUCUAUGAGGGAAAGUCAACAGUUAACACAGGGAAAGGAAUUCGUUAUGAGUCGGUAAUGGAGCUGCUAAAGCCCCAGUUGCUGGGCACAGGCUACAAGCUCUUCGUGGACAACUUCUACACCAGUACCACACUCUUUCAAGACCUGCUAAAGAUGAAGGUCUGGGCAUGCGGCACCAUUCGGUCAAAUCUGAUCGGGUUUCCCAGAACCACAGAGAACAGCCUGGAUUCCAAGUCUCACCGUGGCAGUGUGAGAUGGAUCAGGAAGGACUCCCUCCUCUUUGUUCAGUGGAGAGACACUAGGGAUGUCUCCCUCUGCUCGACAUUCCACCGAGCACACACAGGGGAGACUAUCAAACGGCGAGUCCGGAGUGCAGAUGGGCAGUGGGAAGUGAAAGACAUCACCCUUCCGCCAGUGGUCAAAGACUACAACCAGCACAUGGGUGGAGUGGACCUGUCGGAUGCCCUCAUCCAGUUCUACAAGGUCCUCCACAAAACCAGGAAAUGGUACAAGACAUUCUUUUAUCAUUUUGUGGACAUCGCCAUCGUGAAUGCCUUUCUCAUCCACAAGGAGCUCGCCAUGGCUAAAGGACAGGUGCCGAUGAACCAGAAAGCAUUUAGGGAGACCCUUGCAGAGGACCUGGCAAUGAUGGGUUCUGCCCCCCCAAACAAGCCGGUCCGAGGCCCUGCUCCUGCUCCUGUUCCUGCUCCUGCUCCUGCUCGGGCUAAACAUCACAGGAUAACGUAUAUUAGUGGGGACAGCACUGCCGGCCGGCUAAAGUGCAAAAACUGCCGCAAGAAGACACCCGUGAAGUGUGCUACCUGUGAUGUUUCACUUUGCUUCCUGGCUGGACGGGAUUGCUACAAUGACUGGCAUGUUGCCAACAAAUUUUGGAAGUAGUUUCACGCUGACAUUUGUAAAUAGGUUGUAUUUUAUUGUAAGUAGAGUGUUUUGUUGUAGUUUAUUAGCAUGGUAUUAUAGUUGAUGUUGUUAUUUUUACUAUUUGUCAUUGAUAACUGUAAAUACUAUCCUGUUUGACUUAUAAAAACAAUUUAUCACAUCUAA